UGAUGACCCGCCACAUCAUCAUGCCACCUAGCUUAUGUGAGAAGGUUCUAGAGAAAUAUGGAGAUUUCUCAUGGAAGACCUUAGAACCUUAUGGAAUUGCAUGGAAAGUCCUUAGAAUAAUCUAGUUGUGUAGAGAUUUCUAGAAUAGGGGCUUAUUUGUAAAUAUGUAGGGACUUGUAUAAUAAUUAUUAUUUACAUACUAGUCCCUAGGUGAGUAGUAUAAAUAGGAGGGUCAUUCAUUUGUAAACCAUCAAGAAAAAUCAAUCAAGUCUUCUAUAAUAAAAAGCUUCCUUCUAGCAAAUUUCUCUUCUUUUUCUCAAUUACUAUUCCCUUAGCGAUCUUGAGUAUAGUAAACUAGGCUAACUUGGCAUAGCAAGAUCAUGAGCAAGUUGUGCAAGAACGUGAGCGAGUUGUCAAGUGCCGCACGUGCGCUUAGUUGAAGACUAAGGACGUGACAACGUGGUAUCAGAGCGAAGGUUACGACUAAGGGAAUGACAAACGACGGAGAAAUCAACGCUGCUAAAACCCAAGCCAACGUCAUCCAGGAUGCUGCUGGCAAGAAAAGGCCAUAACAAAAAGAGGAAUGUCGCCAACAAGUGCCAGGAGGUGCCGCUAGAUGUUGUGCCAAAUGAAGGGCUUACAUCCCAAGAACCAUCUACCACUGAGGCGAGCGAGGAUGACGUAGAGGUCCUGUCCGAGGAUGGCUCGCUCGGUAAAGAGUGGGUUAUAAAGGUUAACGUGGGGAUGGACGCCAUUGACAUAUUUGGCCAACGUUUGGGCAAGGUGGAGGGCACUGUUAGCGUUCUUGAGGGGCAUACUCUUGAAGAAAUUGAAAGCAUCCGAAGUGACUUGGAGGGGCGUAUGCAGGCUGAGAUUGAGGUAAAGCAAACCAUUACUGCCUUAGAGUGCAAACUCAUGGAGGCGUUGAGUACUAUCGAUGCCAUGAAGGCAAAGAUAGUGGCACUCGAAGAGCAGGUCAACGUUGGUGUGACCGAGGCAGCCAACGAUGUUGUCAUGAUGAGGGAGGCUAAGAUCGAGGCUCCUAAGCCACCAGUGUUCAAAGUGGUUCGUGAUGUACAAGAGGUGGAGAACUUUCUUUGGCACUUGGAGAACUAUUUCAAGCAUGGAAAAGUAAGGGACGAUGAGACCAAGAUCAAUACCGUUGUGUUGUACCUAACAGAGACUGCCAUGCUAUGGUGGAGAAGAAAGGUCGCCGAGCAUCGACGGAUGUCUAUGCACAAUCAACACGUGGGAUCGCUUCAAGAAUGA